GGCGGCUCGAGGUUCACGACGAGUGGAGAUGUUGGCUAGCGCGCCUUCCCGUUGGCUCGAGCGCCAAGCAUCAAUUGAUUCCAACAACUGCUUCGCCUCUGUCUAAACCGCCGACACAACAGGGGACCAGAAACUACCGUAGAAAACCAUCGGACAUCUCAAUCGCCGCAAUGUCGCUCGAAAACUUGCUGCCUCUUGAACUCAUCGACAAGUGCGUUGGUUCGCAAAUAUGGGUGAUCAUGAACGGCGGAAAAGAAUUCACGGGGAAGUUGGUGGGAUUCGACGACUACGUCAAUAUGGUUCUGGAAGAUGUUACUGAAAUUGAUCCCGCCGAAGGCAACAACAAAUUACCGAAGAUCCUGCUCAACGGCAACAACAUCUGCAUGAUGGUUCCUGGAGGUGACGGCCAGACGGUCCUUGAGGAUUAGACUGUCUGGAAACAAUGUCCUCAACAUAAGAAGUCUCAAGCCCAGCGUUUGUAUCGCAUGUUGCUCUGCAUAAGUAGCAUUUAUGAUCUUAAAGCAAAGUCACUUGCAGAUUGCAUCUAAUGUGGGUGAAGUGGAUCAACAUCGUGUAGUUGACACGCAUGGCACCACAUUGAGAAAAAGGUUCCAACAAGCUGAAGUCUUGCCGGAUGCACGGUCGAAGACACGUCUUUCAGGGAUAUUCCUAAGCAAAUGAGGCCACAACGGAUAGCCAGACUCAGAGUCAGGCUUGUCCAAGAAACUAAAACAAUAGACGUGACUCGGUAAUGAAUCCCGCUCCAAUAAGCUUUUCGAGACACGCAGCAGGUGACUUAUGGCCAUUAUAACUCUGAAAGUG